CGCUGUCAGGAGCCCAGCCAGAAUGAAACUAGCUCACGUAGCCCUGCUCUAUCUCGGCUCCGUGACCUUCUUCGGGGUGGAUGCUGCAAGGGUGGACGUAGCGACAGAGUUCAAAAGAAAAUGGACGAAAUGGGCACUGAGCCGAGCCAAGCGGGACCUGAAGCCUUCGGGCGCGCUCCAAGGGCUGGGGGCAGCCGCCGACGUGCAGCCGCUCAUACGGACCCAGGACGUGAAGGAGGAUCCCCGGGUCUCGCAUCCCAGCAACCGGGAGGAUGCUCACAUCCGCGUCAAGCGCUACCGCCAGAGCAUUAACAGCUUCCCCCACUUCCAAGCCAUCCGCACGGGGUGCCGGUUCGGGACGUGCACGGUGCAGAAGCUGGCCCACCAGAUCUACCAGCUGACCGACAAGGAUAAGGAC